CCAUCAUCACAUUGCUCACCCAGAGGUCAGAAGCGGCUCAGCCUUACGAUACUGGAUAGAUAGCAGUACGGGACCGUGACGAGACGAACGAAUUACGCACAGCUCCUUCUUACUCUUCCCCCACCCGCAAAACCUCCCCAAACCGUCAAAAGUUCGAGCAUUUGCCCACCAUGUCGGACGUUCAGGAACGCCUCAAGAAGCUCGGCGCCUCCGCGCGUAUCGGUAUCGGCAAGGGCACCCCCCGCAGAAAGAUGAAGCGUGCGCCCGCGCGCUCCGCUGCCGACGACAAGAAGCUCCAGGCCGCUCUGAAGAAGCUCAACGUCCAGCCCAUCCAGGCCAUCGAGGAGGUCAACAUGUUCAAGUCCGACGGCAACGUCAUCCACUUCGCUGCUCCCAAGGUUCACGCCGCUGUCCCCGCCAACACCUUCGCCAUCUACGGCAACGGUGAGGACAAGGAGCUCACCGAGCUCGUCCCCGGCAUCCUUAACCAGCUCGGCCCCGACUCCCUCGCCUCUCUCCGCAAGCUCGCCGAGAGCUACCAGAACAUGCAGAAGGAGGGCAAGGACGGUGAGGAGGACGACAUCCCCGACCUCGUCGAGGGUGAGAACUUCGAGAGCAAGGUCGAGUAAAUGCGAACCAAAUAUAAAGAGGACUAUUAAAAAAAGGGAAGCCCACAAGCCGGGUUCUUUCUUCUUUUUUAUUUUUUGGUCGGAGUUUGAUCGCGAUGCCGGGUUCCCGUGGAUAUAUCAUCUGAAGCGUGUGGAUUAAAGGAAUGGGGUCAGGGUUGAAAAAGAAAUCCAAAAGAGUCAAACUUUCAUUUCCCAAAC